AUGCGCUGGAUCACUCUGCUGCUUCCCCUCGCGGCCACUGCGGCUGUCUUGCCCAACCCCGGCCGCAAGAGGCCCCACGGAACCUGCCCUCCCAAGGACGAUGUCUUCAAUCGGCUGAAGAGGGAGCGCGAUGCGGUGCCGUUUUGCUGCGAUCUGCUCGAUAUUCCGUCCGAGGUGACUACGAUCACCAAGAUCAUUGAGGGUCGUUCAACCACCAUCAGGACCACCGAAACUGUGCGCGACAGCUAUCGGGGCACCACCACGAGCACCAGGACUGAGAAGAGCACUUCCACCAUAGUCAAGGAGCCCAUCACCACCACCGUCACUCGCUACACCACAGAAACCCAGGACGGAGGCGUUGUGACUGUCACCGAUUACUAUACUGCCACCAUCACCGAUGUGUCCACUUCGUUCCUUACUGAACCGGUCUUUACCACAAUCACUAGCUCGACGACCAAUGUCGUCACCGACUCGCUCACUAAUAUCAUUACUUCCUAUAUUCCUGUUACCGUGACGGACUGGGACGUUGAAACCCUCACUGAGACCUCGACCAACACCAUCACCGACUACAGCACCGAGUUCGUGACGGACUACAUCACCAUCACUAAGACAGGCAUCGUCACCAAUACAAUCACCAACACGGACACGGAUACGGUUACCAACUAUCACACAGAUACACUCACGCUUGAAUUCACCGAUACCGUCUACGAAACCGAGACCCAUACGAUCAUUUCCACUGCUACAACAGACAUCGAGGUCACCGAAACUGAGACAGAUCUCGUUACUUCUUUUGACUCUACCUAUGAUACCAUCACUAACCCGGUCUGGACUACCAUCACCGAGUACUCUACCGCCACCAUCACGACUAGAAUCACCAUCGGCACUACGGUCACAACCACAACGGUCGUGACAGCCAUUCCAACAGCGACAAUCACGACUCUCCGCGCCCCGGCCAAACGUGAUGUCGAGAUUAGACAUCGGCCACAUCCCGCACCUGUGCAGGCUUUCCCAACUCCUUCUGGUCUGAAAGAUAUCUCUUCGCUUUCUUUGUCGAGCGCCUGCUCCAAGUUGGAUGUCACUGCCAGAUGUGCUUCGGAGGUGGUGAGCACGACGAGAGUGCCUGGUCCUACUACAACAACUACCAUCACCACCUACAAACCUGGUGUUGGAAUCAAGACGAUCUAUGCCACAGUAUUCCAUACCAAAUAUGUUACCAGCCAACCAACUGAAACUACGACUGCCUUCGUCACCAAAACGGUUGGAGGCUUGGACACGACAACCACUGCAGUUACCGACUUGGUUACGGCAACUAGCAUUUCUACCGUCACUGAUGUCGUCACGAACACUGUGAUUGAAUGGCACAUCGUCACUCUCACCGACUUUGCGACUGUCGACCUGACCACAGACAUCACGAGCGUCACAACUGUUGAUUCAACUUCAGUAGAAGUCACUUCCAUCACGACCGAUGUAACUACCGACGUAAUCGAAGUUUCAACAGUCGAGCUGACAACCGUCGAUACCCUCACUCAGACCAGGGACUUUACCAUCAUCCAGACAAUCACUCAAACGGCAGACAUCACUGACACUGAAACCAUCUCGCUCACAGCGACCACGACCGAGACUGCAGUUGUCGAGGAAACUUCUAUCUCGACCAUCACCUCGACCUCGUUUGUGACCGUUACUGAGACGGGCACUACUGUGAUUCCCACGGUUCUCCCUACGACUAUCGAUGUGACGAGAACCGACCAUGUCACCGAGACCGUCGAUAUUACUGUCACGGCUACCUUUACCACUACCACUACUACGACGAUCACGUCCACCGCAGCGGCAUCCCCAACCUGUGGGGUCAACGUGGUUCAGAACCCGGGCUUCAGUAAUGGCAAUGGUCCCACCCUGGCCCCCUGGAACUAUCUUCCCUCUGGUCCUAGUGGAUACGCAUUCGUCGCAGGGCGGAGCGCAAACAAUGAUAUAGCCCUGAGUCUCUUCACCCCAACGGGUGGUUCGGCAGCAUCGGCCAUCACGCAGACUCUAUCAACAAUCCCCGGCAGGAUCUACAUCGUAAACUUCUGGUACUUCGGCGUAAACGGCAAUGCGGCGACGUCGUAUUUGCGAUGCUUUGCAAGCAACUCCGGCCAAUCCAGCAUCAUCGUCCGAUAUGUGCCGAAUCGCUUGCGCUGGCUUCAGGGUUCGUUUGCUUUCCCGGCGAGUUCGGCUUCGACGACUCUUACGUGCCAGCUUGUGACUUCCUCGCCUGCUGCGAUUUAUGUGGAUGAUUUUAGUGUUGUUACUUCUUGUGGGAGUACGCCUAUAUAA